CCAAAAGCAGAGACGGUGAUAGAGUUACCUUCUUCCUUUCCAUCUCUCACGCAUGAGAGAGAGAGAGAGAAUCACAAUUCACAAGGGACUCUCAGAAGCUUUGUUUUUUCCAUACACGGAGAGGGAGAGGGAGAGUUUUGAUGGGUAAUUAUAAGUUCAAGUUAUCAGAUAUGAUGCCCAAUGCCUGGUUUUACAAGCUCAAGGAUAUGGGCAGAGCCAGAAACCACAGCACCACCACUCCCUCCAAGAAGAAAAAACACCAAACAUCAGCUUCAACGCAGCCAUCCAAACCAAAGCAACCCCACCAAUGUCAUCCAAGAAAAUCCUACUACUUCACGAGGGAGCUUAUUAUCCCUUCCCCAAACCAAAAUUUCCCUGACCCACCAAGAAAAUCCUCCAAACAAAGACUCAAGAAAAGAACCGUAACCUCCUCUGUUUCUGCCGGUUGUAGCUGCCGAGCCACGUUUGACUCUGUCUGUACCAAAUCAGAUUCCCCACCAGAGUACUCAUCAUCUUCUCCUUUGGAUAGCUCACCAGAGACACAAUUUCACGAGCCUGAAUUCAGGUCCGACCGUAUUCUUGCCACUGAAUCUUUUGAUGCAAUGGUUUGUGGCUGCAAACUCAAUCCCGAUGCCGAUGACAUUGUUAUCGACGUGGAUAACAAGUCUUUUGCUAGUAAGGUUGAGAAGCUUGAUGGGUUUGAUUCCUUUUCCGAGCUUGAACUUCCUCCUAUUAUAACCAAGCCCGCUAUGGAAAAGAAAGAAUCAAAAGAGCCAUCCAAGUAUAGGAGAAGCUCUCUAUCAGUCAAGAUUGUCAAGGAAGAUAAAAUUGCUGGGAAAGAGCAGAAGACUAGUCCUGUAAGGAGGUUUUCUGUGAGUUCUCCGGGAGUCAGGCUUAGAAUCAAUUCCCCGAGAGUUGCGGGUAGGAAGCUUGUUCAGCCACACAAUCGGAGAAGUGUCUCGUCGAGUUCCCGGAGGAGCAUUUCCGAUAGCUUUGCGGUGGUGAAGUCGUCGUUUGACCCUCAGAGGGAUUUCAGGGAGUCAAUGGUGGAGAUGAUUGUGGAGAACAACAUCAGGGCAUCAAAGGACCUUGAAGACCUUCUUGCCUGUUAUCUCUCUUUGAAUUCAGAUGAAUACCACGACCUCAUUAUCAAGGUGUUCAAGCAAAUCUGGUUUAAUCUGACUGACAUUAAAGUGAAGUGAUCUGUGUCUUCAGUCAUUUUGUUACUUAUUUAGUACAUAUUCAAAUAAAACUUUUAGUUCUUAGUUGAGUA